GCUGCUAUGUCCCAGGAAGGCUUGGAUGAGUGAGGCAGAGAGGGCAGGAUUGGAUUGGUGUGUGGCUGGGCACCAGCAAAUCGCAGGUUCAGGAGUGUUUUUCAGGAUCCCACACCCAGUUUGAACACGGAGCUUUGGCUUUUUUACUGGAUCUGGCCCUUUCCCACCCCUUCCUUGAGGAGAUUCCCGGUGGAUGGGAGCUGUGAUCCGUCUGGAAGGACUCACAUGCUCUGUUGGUGUGGAGAGCUGGGCCCAUGGGGGCUUCAGCUGCCCAGACACCAGGAAAACCUCCCAGCUCCUGCAGGUCUCGCUCUGCCGGGCACCGUCAGCCUUCCCUGCCAGACAUACACGUCCUCCAUGUUCAUGACUGGGAAGGGGCUGGUCAUCUACCCAGAGAUUGGGGAUAAACUGGACAUUAUCUGCCCCAAGGCGGAGCCGUCCAAGCCUUACGAGUACUACAAGCUGUACCUGGUGAGGAAGGAGCAGGCGGAUGCCUGCAGCACCGUCAUGGACCCCAACGUGCUGGUGACAUGCAACCGGCCCGAGCAGGAGAUCCGCUUCACCAUCAAGUUCCAGGAGUUCAGCCCCAACUACAUGGGCCUGGAAUUCAAGCGGCAGCAGGAUUACUUCAUCACAUCCACUUCCAACGGCACGCUGGAUGGCCUGGAGAACCGGGAAGGAGGGGUCUGCCAGACACGCUCCAUGAAGAUUGUCAUGAAAGUGGGGCAGGAUCCCAACGCGGUGAUCCCAGAGCAGCUGACGACGAGUCGGCCGAGCAAGGAGUCGGAUGACACCGUGAAAGUCGUCACGCAGAGCCCGCGCAGCAAGGUCCCGGCGGUGGAGGAGCCCGGCAAGCCAGGCUCCGUCAACCAGGACGGCCAGGAGACCCAAGGUCCCAGCGAUGGCUUCCUGAGCUCCAAGGUGGCCGUGUUUGCGGCCAUCGGCGCCGGCUGCGUCAUCUUCAUCCUCAUCAUCAUCUUCCUCGUUGUGCUCCUGAUCAAGAUCCGCAAGCGGCACCGGAAGCACACGCAGCAGCGAGCCGCAGCCUUGUCCCUUAGCACCUUGGCCAGCCCCAAAUGCAGCGGGAACGCGGGCUCAGAGCCCAGCGACAUCAUCAUCCCCUUACGGACUACAGAGAACAACUACUGCCCGCACUACGAGAAGGUGAGCGGGGACUACGGGCACCCCGUCUACAUCGUGCAGGAGAUGCCCCCGCAGAGCCCAGCCAACAUUUACUACAAGGUGUGAGGAGCAGCCUGGGAACGGCCGAUGCAGCAGCGCGGGAGCGCCGGGCGCGGGGCUGGCGCCGCAGGGAGGAAGCGAAACGCCCCCCCCGGCACGGCGCGGGCAGCGCCGGGAGCGGCGCCGGGGAGCGGAGGGCUCAACGCUCACGUGCUGAUUCUCCCCUUUGUAUUUAGUUUUGUAGUUCUCAGCUUUUGUAAUCCCGAGACUCUGAGGGUGAGCCUUCAGCCUCCUCCUCUUCUUCUCCAGACUGUGGCCGGCCGUGGGGGGCGGGCGCCGUGCCUUUCUGUGCUCGGGACACUGCUGGCAAACCCGGAGACUCCAC